UUUGUGCGCGCGCGGCCCGGAACACAGUGCUGCUGCAUCAUGGACUGACCUGGAGAAGCAGGAAACAGAACAAGAACACAGAAUACUGAUGCCGCAAGGUUGCAACUAAGGUUCCUCGGAUAACCUGGAUAAUUUGUGAAACCAUCAUCAUGACCAAAGAUGACGAGAUCCCCGACUGGGUGGGAGCUCAGGAGUUUUAUGAGAAAUAUGAUCCCAAGGAGAUCCUCGGAAGGGGCGUUAGCAGUGUGGUCCGACGCUGUGUAAAUAAACGUACAACUCAAGAAUACGCAGUCAAAAUCAUUGACAUAACACCAUCAGAUAAAAUGACACCUCAAGAGAUUCAAGAGAUCAGAGGAGCCACAGUGAAAGAGAUCGAGAUCCUGAAGAAAGUGUGUGGGCAAGAGAACAUAAUUCAGCUGAAGGAUUGCUAUGAGACAAAAACCUUUUUCUUCUUGGUCUUUGACUUGAUGAAGAAAGGAGAGCUGUUCGAUUAUCUCACUGAGAAAGUUACACUGAGUGAGAAAGAGACAAGAAAGAUUAUGCGUGCCUUGCUGGAAGUAGUCAGCUUCCUUCACUCCCAGAACAUAGUUCACAGAGACCUGAAGCCUGAAAACAUCCUACUGGAUGACAACAUGAACAUCAAACUGACUGAUUUUGGAUUCGCCGUCCAGAUUGUGCCACAGCAAAAGCUCAAUGAGGUCUGUGGAACACCAGGUUAUUUGGCUCCAGAAAUCAUUGAGUGCUCCAUGGAUCCUCAUCAUCCUGGCUAUGGCACUGCAGUGGAUAUCUGGAGCGCUGGCGUGAUCAUGUACACACUGCUGGCUGGAUCUCCUCCAUUCUGGCACCGAAAACAGAUGCUGAUGCUGCGCAUGAUCCUGGCAGGAAACUAUCAGUUCACAUCGCCAGAGUGGGAUGAUCGCUCAGACACUGUUAAAGAUCUGAUCUCCAAAAUGUUGGUGGUGAAUCCAGAGCAACGCUACACAGCCACUGAUGCUUUAAAUCACCCGUUCUUUCAGCAGUAUGUGGUCGAGGAGGUGCGACAUUUCAGUCCAUACAGGAAGUUUAAAGUCAUCUGUAUGACUGUCCUUGCUUCAGUGCGCAUUUACUGCAACUAUCGUCGUGCCAAACCCGUCAACAAGGACGUGAUCAAGAGUGACCCCUAUGCGGUGAAACCGAUUCGCAAACUCAUCGAUGCCUGUGCAUUCAAGAUCUAUGGACACUGGGUGAAGAAGGGCCAGACACAGAACAGAGCAGCCCUGUUCGAGAACAGCCCGAAGGCCAUUUUACUUUCUAUAGCAGCUGAGGCUGAAAAUUCAUCAUUGCGAACGUGGUAGAUGAAAACGAGACAUCUUUAAUGAAGAAAAAGGGAAAAUAAGAAAGUGGCUUGAUCAUGAAUGUUGCAGAUCCUUUUUCUGGAAUGUAUUGCUGUGCUGAAUUCAAGAAUCUGCCUUGUAAUCUUAUUGUACAAUGGUCAGUGUUUCAAAUAUUUUUGUUAUAAUUUAUUUGAAAGUAAUGAGAGUAACUCCAAAUUGUACUCAAAUUCAUUUUGUUUGACAUUAUGGAAGCCGGCGGCACGGUGGUGUAGUGGUUAGUGCUGUCGCCUCACAGCAAGAAGGUCCUGGGUUCGAGCCCCGGGGCUGGCGAGGGCCUUUCUGUGUGGAGUUUGCAUGUUCUCCCCGUGUCUGCGUGGGUUUCCUCCGGGUGCUCCGGUUUCCCCCACAGUCCAAAGACAUGCAGGUUAGGUUAACUGGUGACUCUAAAAUUGACCGUAGGUGUGAAUGUGAGUGUGAAUGGUUGUCUGUGUCUAUGUGUCAGCCCUGUGAUGACCUGGCGACUUGUCCAGGGUGUACCCCGCCUUUCGCCCAUAGUCAGCUGGGAUAGGCUCCAGCUUGCCUGCGACCCUGUAGAAGGAUAAAGCGGCUAGAGAUAAUGAGAUGAGAUUAUGGAAGCCGAAAUAUUUGUAUAUCUCCAGGGCUACAGCAAUAGAUGGAUGCUGAAACCUCAUUAGUAAGCUUUCACAAUCCCCACAUAUGUACAGUGUAGCAGAAAUGGGCAUUUUUUAUGAUGUACUCAUAAAACUAUUUAACUUGUAUGUAUUUAUGCAGCAAUAUGAAAGAGAUAUGGCCUCGAAUGAGUUCUGCUUGGCACCUCUUAACUGCUACGGAGGAAGAGAAUCACCCGAAUACCAUCUUGUGUGCAUGCAGGUGAAUAUGAAUGUGUUGGUAUGGGUAAUUACAGCAUGCCACAGCACAGGUGUUGGCAUUUCUCUGGGGAUGUUUCUGAAAGGGGCAAAGAAUGUGUCUCUACCACAGUUCCCCAGCAGCCUUGUGUAGGAUUCAACCAUUGUGCUGGAGUACCUUACCGUACAAGUCUAUAAAAGUUGCCAAACUGGAAUGGGGUUCUACAAAAAAAAAAAGAAAAGAGUUGAGAACACUGUGUACUCUGGUGAUAAGCUUUGCUUUAAAGUGCUGGUGGCCAGGUGAUUCUAAGGUGGCUAAUGUGACAUGCCACUCUACAGGGAGUGUCUCCUAAUCAUGGGCAUUAGUUAGAUGCAGGCUUCUGUUACCUGGGCAACAUGAUGUGGUCAAAACCCUAGCUGAUCUUAAACCUAAAAGUGUGUUGGUUUUUCAUGACAUUCAGUGUGUUUAUAUGCACAUUAAUAUUCCAGUAUUAUUCCAAAUUUGAUACAGAUUGUAUAAACAGCAUAUUCCAUUUGGAUAUUCUGAAUUUGGCAUUAUUCUGAAUUUAGCAUUUUCCAAUUAAGACGUUGGAUAUGCUGAUAUUAUUCGGAUUUUAGGAGCAAUCUUUGGACGUGUACAGCAUAUUUGGACUAUGUGGUCUCAGUUGGGGUUUUUACGACAGUUUUCGACACACGGCCUCGUACCUGUUCACGGUCAGCUCUGACAAUUAUGUGCGUGGCUGCAUGGAAUAUUAAUUUUCAUUCGCAAUGUACACAGCUUAUUGUCUUUUUCUAAAUUAGGGGGGAAAAACUGAAUAUUUUGCACAUGUAAACAAAGAGAAUGUGGCGUAUUUUUUUCCCAUGUGAUUCUCACUGGCAGUUAAGAUGCUUAAUAUAUACAUCUAACACAUAUUCUAAUAAUAAUGUCAAUAAGGGUGUAGAAUAACAUUAUAUCUUUGACAUUCAGUGAAUUAACUUUGAUAGAACAAGUAACCUAAUCAGACCAAAAUUUUAGUAAUCUUGACAUGAAAACUAAACGAAUAAACGCUUUCUCAGCACAUUCACAAAAGGCACAAGAAUUUUCAAUGUUCAUACUGUAUAUCUGGAUGCUUAUCUAUCUGCAAUUGCAGUUCUCACUACUAAUGUAGUAGUAUGUGAUUGGAUAAGGUGGUUCCUGUCACCUGUCCAUGGGCGUCGCCACCAUUGAGUGAAGCGAAUCUCAGCGCGAGCGGAGACAUUUUUGGUGCAGCUGCUGGAAAGUGGAGGAGGUGACGUCAGCCCCAUUGCAACCUCACAAUGUCUUGCUUUUGCUAAAACCUUAUUCUUUUGUGAUAUGCCCUCAAAAUUAACCCUAGGCCACGUUAAAUUAAUAUUCAACUAAACAAUGAAAUAAGCUUAGCCUAAUGGGGUAUUCUUGGUUGAUGAUGAAUUGUUUGCAGUAUUUGCUCCUCCCCAGACACAAUGGACAUAAGGACAUUCUUUACAAAGAAGUGGAAAGUAAGUCAAAAUUUCCCCACAAUGGAAAUGUUAGUUCAGUUAGCUGGUUAGUCAAUGUUAGAUGUAUCAGCUAGCUUAUUGUUAGCUAUCAUUUAAUUCAACCCCAGUAUACCUACCUUAUUGUAAUGCCAAGAAUGAGGUCAAGUCUGCUCUGAUGAUAUUUAUUGAUUCCUUGUUGUGAUUUGAAGAACUUGUUUUGUCUGGUCUUUGCCAGUUUUCUGGAAAGUAACAUGGGAAAUCAGUGUAUGGGGAAGGAAUAGUAGAAAGGAAAGCGAUGGAGAGAGAUGGAUGUUAUUCCAGGUGGAUUGUGAAGGAAAGGGGGAUAAAAGUUAUGAAGUGGUAGAAAUUGUGGUGGCACCAAUGUAAGGAGUUAUAUCUAUAAAUCUAUUUGUUAUACUAAUCUGUAAAUGUUACUGUAGUACCACCAUUGCAUGUAGGUUGACAAAACUGCACUUGUUCAUUGUGUGAAGUUCUCUUUUAUGUCAUUGCUUGACAGUGUGAUUUUGUGUGAAAAAAGUAAAAUGCACCCACUAAAGUCACUGCUGGUGGUUAACAAAAUUGCACCUGUUCAUUGUGCAUACCUGCAAACUCGUCAGAGAAAAAAAGGUGACAGUGUCCGGGGGGGUGCGGAUAAUGGUGACGCCGAACUCAAGUAAGUGUUAAGAAAUAAGAAAACAAUAAAAGAACCAAAACACAAAUUAUAUUAUACUGAAAAACAUUUAUUUUUUCCUUCUCUAGCCUGGACAAGGGCUUCACAAACACUCUUACGCACGCAAACACCAUGGAGGGAAACUGAAAAACACUAUUUUUCAGUAUGUUUUGCAUGAAUAAUGAAAAUGAAUGAAUAUGUUUUACUUGAAAAACAUUCAUUUUUUUUUCUUCUUAGCCUGGACAAGGGUUUCACAAGCUCGCGUUCGUUGUUUGGCCGCAUGCCUCCUUCUGGCCAGAGCCUCCUCU